GAUUAUAAGUACAUAAUGGCUAAUUCGGCGUUCCAUAGUCAAGAAAAAAAAAUUGAUCAUGCAAUGUGUGACGCGUAUCGGUUAAGCAUAGCAAAGGCUAGGAAAGAGAGAAAAGCAGGCAGGAGGAUGCAAAGCCAAGAUUAUUUGAACAGUACGGCUUCGGCCUGGCAAGCAUGGUGUAGGAAUGCACUGAAAGAAAAUAAACAGACUAUUAUCUCAGUCGGAGUGGGAUUGUUGGUUGUUGUAGUUGCAUGGAAAUACUUUUACAAAACAAUGUCCAAUAAUGGAGAGAAAGGUGAGCCUGAUGAAGGCAAUGACAAAACGAGAUCAGAAAAAUCAACAUCCUCAAAAACAAAAGAGACCAGCAAAUGCAAAAGAAGCAUUGCUGAGAAUGGAGAAUCAAGAGAAAAUUCUGAGUCUGAGGAAAAUUUAAAUGAUGAUGAAGAAUUCCUAAUAGGAAAAGGAGAAAGAAAGAUCAAAGUCAUCAUCAGGCGUGGUGACAUCACCAGGGAGGAGGUUAAUGUCAUUGUCAAUGCAGCGAAUGGUAGACUUCAGCACGGAGGAGGUGUUGCAAGAGCUAUUGCUGUGAAAGCUGGAAUAGGUAUCGAUAAAGAAGGUAAAGAUAAACUCAAACAAAGAGGAAGUGCCUUGAACGUGUCAGAGGUGUUGCACACUUAUGGUUAUGAUCUUAAGGCAACGUAUGUCUUGCAUGCUGUUGGACCAAUUCGUGGUAGAGACAGCCAUUUUCACUCUCUUUUGGAGGAAACAUUUAAGAAUUGUUUAAAAUAUGCAGAUGAAGAGCUUGAAGCUAAAUCUAUUGCACUUCCAUUAAUUAGCUCUGGCAUAUUUGGAGGACAGAAGAAAGAAUGUGCAGAUGCCUUAUUUGAAGCUGUUAAUAAAUUUGUAGAGAAUGAAACAUUUAAAAACGUAGAAGAAAUUCGACUUGUGAACAUUGAUGCUGAGGCCACUGAUGCAAUUAAAGCAUCUUUUUCCAAAUCCAAAGCAGGUCAAAGUGCAUCAUAGACAAUAAUUUACAGUAAUUUUUGUUUAACUUGGAUUGCCACCCAUUACCUUCAUACUCAACUGCAUUGGUUUUUGUAAUAAAUGAAACAAAAAAUAGGAAUGUACAACUUACCACUUAUUAUAUCAUUAAAAUGGUGUUUUUCAUCUUCUUUAAUUAGCAGUUUGCCCUCCAAUUUGAGAUUAUGACCUGAAAAUUUGGGGUGGUCUUGGGGUUUAUAUUUGUGUUAAAAGAAGAUUGUUAUUUGGUUCUAUGAAAGAAUUGGUUUCAAAUUAGAGAAGUCUCGGAAUUGGUGGGGUCUCGAAUAAAUUCACCCUUCAAUUUAAAACCACCCUUGGGACCUGAUAAUUUGGGGUGGUCUUGAGGAUGAUCUCCAAUUAGAGGAUUAACUUUGUGUUAUAAGAUAAAUUGAAGAUUGUUAUUUGGUUGUUUGAAAAAGUGGUCUCAAGAUUAGAGUGGGCUUGGAUUCGAGGGUGUACUGUAUAUUUUUGAUCAUUUAAAAAAAAUAAUGAUUAUUAUUAAAUUAUUAAAAAAGUUUGCUUACAAUAAAUGAUUAUGAUAUUCAUAAAUUACCAGACCAUUCAACGAAGGAGUUCUGGUUAAUAUUUCUUAUUUCAGUUUAUUAGCACAUCUAAGGCCUAAAUAUAUAUAUGCUUCACAAUUCUUGACAAUUUAUUAUUAUUCUCCUGAUGAUGAUUGAAGCUGAAUGAACCAUGAAAAUUGUGUUGAUAAAAUGCCUGCAGCAUCAGAUGUUACCUGUACACUAUAUAACCCAACAUUUUAUUUUUUUUCCCCCAAAAGGCCUCUGAGACAAUUAUAUGCCUCCAACUGCCAGUCCCGUGGUUGUGCACUUUUUCCAGCCCUACUAUUAACACCAUGGAAUGCAUAAUCAGCUCUAUAUCUGAGGGAAUGUAUCCAAUAUAGAUUUUGUAAAAAAACUGAUUUUUAUUUUACAGAUUUUGGUACGGUACAUUAGAUAUUAAAAUAACAGAAAUUGUAGAGUACUAAUUUUCCAAUAAAUGGCGUCCAAUUAUUGCAGUAUUUAUUGUAAUCAAGAAACGUACUUGAUUGAUAAAGCAUGAUUUAAAAAUAAUAAUAGAUUGCUUUAAAGUUAGCCUCUGAUUACAAUAUUUGUGACUACAGUACAUACAUUAAAGUGAUUACCAUGCUGAAAAAGA